UUUUCUGAAACAUGGCGCUGUCUAGUAUUUUGCGGAAUGAGUCUGCGGAUUUUUCAGAUCCAAUUGACCGGUCUUUUGCUCACGGAUGUGGCCUAAACCAGACAAAUCUCGGCUUUGGAGCCGCUCUGGGUGACAGCCCAAACUUCGCCGUGAAGACUCUGGGUGAAGACGAUGAACCGGAGAGAAAAAUCGAGUUUCUUCACGGCACGACCACCUUAGCAUUCAAAUUUCAGCAUGGUGUGAUAGUGGCUGUGGAUUCUAGAGCGACCGCGGGCGCCUACAUUGCUUCACAGACAGUGAAGAAGGUGAUUGAAAUCAACCCGUACCUGCUUGGCACCAUGGCAGGAGGGGCAGCAGAUUGCAGCUUCUGGGAGCGACUGCUGGCCAGGCAGUGUCGCAUUUAUGAGCUCCGCAACAAAGAGCGCAUUUCAGUGGCAGCUGCAUCCAAACUGCUGGCUAACAUGGUGUAUCAGUACAAAGGCAUGGGCCUCAGCAUGGGCACGAUGGUCUGCGGCUGGGACAAAAGAGGGCCAGGACUCUACUAUGUGGAUUCAGAGGGCAACCGUGUAUGCGGAGACCUGUUCGCUGUUGGUUCGGGUUCCAUGUAUGCUUACGGCGUCGUCGACAGCGGCCUUCGAUACGACUUGACCAUAGAUGAGGCUUGUGACCUGGGCCGUCGUGCCAUAUACCAAGCUACUUACCGUGACGCCUACAGUGGAGGCCAAGUCAACCUCUACCGCGUCCACAGCGAGGGCUGGGAAAGAGUCUCACAGGAAGACGUGCUUCAGUUGCACCAAAAAUACCAGAGUGAGAAAGCUUAGAGCGAAGGGUAGAGGAGAUGAGGGAAGAGCCCACAGCAGUUGAGUUUCAAAAGAAAGGGUAAGACCAGUCAGAUGAGGAAUGAAUAGCAGAUUAUUGAUAUGACCUGAAAGGCACUUGAGUUAAUCAAAUCCGCUUCUAUGUAAGUGUUUUGUAAGAGCAGGCUCUUCUGCAUAUGAGAACACGAGCAAAGCUGUCUCUCUUCUUCUCAAAGUUAUUUCCGUUAUUUUUCUCACCCAUGUUAUUUGUUGAGUUUUCAUCCACAGUUUCAGUAGUAUUACAACCCUAGCCGGUCUAAUUGCAAUUGUUGUUUAUGAUAAUAAAAUAAGGGGGGGUGCUGUCUCCCAAUGGACACUAACGACAAGCCAAAACUCUAGUAGUUGGCCGACUCUCACUGAGUGGGAGUGGGCUUCUGUUCUUCUCUUCUCACAUGUAUCUGCUGUUUCCACAGUUACUAAACCUACUCUCAAUAAAACCUUGGAUUUUUUUUUUGCU